AGACAAAAACAAAAGAGUGUUGAGGGUAGUGCGAGGGGGAUGAGAGGUUAGAGUGGCCGAUUUGCAAAUAUUGUUAAGGAACUGAUUGUAAAGUUGUUAAUCAUCUCACGAUAUUACGAGAAUGAAUCGGAUUCCAUUAUGGACCAAGGUUGUAUGUGGUCUCGGUGUGUACGCCGGAACUUCAGUUCUUGUGAAAGAAAAACUUGGUGGCCCUGAUUUUGAUGCUGCUGUUGAUAUCGGUGGAAAAGUCGCCAUUGUUACCGGAGCCAACUCCGGGAUAGGGUUUGAAGUUGCAAAAGAACUUGCUUCGCGUGGUGCCAAAGUUUACCUAGCUUGUCGUGACAAAGAUAGAUGUGCAGCGGCACGAGAAGAUAUAUACUUGGCUACGGACAACAAAAACAUUUUCUGCAGAUAUUGUGAUCUUUCUUCUUUAGAAUCUGUGAAGAGAUUUGUUCGACGUAUCCGCAAAGAUGAAGAUAAAGUUGAUCUCCUGGUAAACAACGCGGGAGUUAUGUGGGGUGCCCGAGAAGUUACAACUGAUGGCUUUGAAACUCAGUUGGGUGUGAAUCACUUAGGUCAUUUUUUCUUAACAAAUUUGCUUGUGGACAGUCUCAAGAAAGGUGCACCGAGUCGUGUUGUGAAUGUUGCUAGUACUGCACAUUUCAAAGGUAAAAUAAAUGUGCAGGACUUGAAUAGUGCUAAUGACUAUAGUGAAAGUGGAGCAUACAAUCAGAGUAAACUAGCAAAUGUACUUUUCACACGUGAACUGGCUAAACGUCUACAGGGCACAGGUGUUACUGUAAAUGCUGUCCACCCUGGUAUUGUUGAUACAAAUAUUGUUCGCAACACUGGAUUUUUCACCAGCAUGCUAAUGUUUAUACUUAAACCAAUUGCCUAUCCUUUUAUAAAAAACUCGAAACAGGGGGCUCAAAAUGUGUUGCAUGUUGCUCUUCAUCCUGAUCUUGAACAGACUACGGGAAAGUAUUUCAAUCUUCGGGAAAUUAGUGAACCCUCAAAUGAAGCUCUGAAUGAAAAAUUGGGUUUAUGGCUCUGGCUUACCAGUGAAAAAUGGACAAAGUUGCAAGAGACUUGCAAAGAAUUAAAUAUUCAACCAUUAACUCAUCCGUGGGAGUCAGUGAACAACAUCUCUAUCCCAGAUUCAAAACUGAAGUCUAAUUCUUUACAUGUAAAUACUGUAAGCCAGGUUACGUCCAGUAAUUUGACAACGAAUACCUUGGCCUCCUAGCACAGGCCUUUGUGCCUGAAAGGGCACUACAACUACUCCCUGUAGAUGUGAUCACCCCUCUUUUUUUGUUUUAAUAAAUUUGGUGUGUUA